GGAAGUUAUAAGUUGAAAACAGAAGGAAGACGUUGGAUACAGAGAAGGGAAUCGACGUUUCCAUUUUGGGCGUAUCAUUUUUUAUUAUUAUUACGCAGUUGAAUGGUUUAUAAAGUAGGCUCUCGGGGACAUGGCGCGACUGAAAGAAUCGCGGCUACAAUUCCAUGCUGGACUAUGCAUUUCACUUUGCGCUCUCGUUGUUGUUUCCAUCACCUCUCUCAACGCCGUCUCUGCUGUCGCUACGCCGAGGGUUCUGAAAGGCACCACUCCAGAUGAAGGGGAAUCAUACAGCAAAUAUUACAACUAUGAGGAUCUUACCCGACUGCUCAAAUCUCUGGCGAUAAAAUAUCCUCAUAUUGCUAAUCUAUCCAGCAUUGGCCAGUCUGUGUUGGGCCGAGAGCUUUGGGUAAUGAGAAUCACAAAAGACCCUAAUGCUGAUCUCCCCGGGAAACCUAAAGUCAAAUACGUGGGAAACAUGCACGGAGAUGAAACUAUUUCUAGACAGGUUUUAGUGUACCUGGUGGAGUAUUUACUUGACCGAUAUGGCUCUGAUCCGCGGGUGACGGAGUUGAUCAACAGCACGGAUAUUUACAUUAUGCCAAGCAUGAAUCCCGAUGGCUUUGAGAAGUCUAUGGAGGGAGACUGCGGCGGUAACCAUCAUGGUCGUGAGAAUGCCAAUAACCUUGACCUCAACAGAAGUUUUCCAGACCAGUUCGAUACCAUAGAUGUCCCUAAUGAAGACAUCCCUGAGGUCAACGCUGUAAUCAAAUGGAUCAUAGAUAACAAGUUUGUCCUGUCUGGGAACCUCCAUGGAGGCACAGUGGUGGCCAGCUACCCGUUUGAUGAUUCUGCUUCCCAUAAGAAAGAGGGGCAGUAUAGCCGGUCGUCAGACGACUCUCUCUUCAGGCACCUGGCUCGGGUCUACGCAGCCAACAACCCCGCCAUGGACAAAGGCAACCCCAAGUGUGAGGACGACCCCAAUGAGCGCUUCAAAGACGGCAUCACAAACGGCGCCAAGUGGUAUGAUGUGUCUGGUGGCAUGCAGGACUUCAACUAUGUGCAUGGAAACUGCCUGGAGGUCACGAUGGAGCUGAGCUGCUGCAAGUACCCCCCUGCCUCCCAACUGCUCCGGGAGUGGGAGAACAACCGCCAAGCCCUCCUGGCCUACAUGGAGCAGGUCCACAUCGGAGUACAAGGGUUUGUGAAGGAAGCCAAGCAUGGAGUGGCCUUGCCAGAAGUCAGAAUUUUAGUGGCGGGCAUCAAUCACAACAUAACUACAGGGCGCUUCGGAGACUAUUACCGUCUGCUGCUGCCGGGCAACUACAGCAUCACAGCCACGGCUGCUGGAUACACCCCCAUGACUGUUACCAAUGUGCGGGUGGUGGAGGACAAGGCCACAGAGCUCAACUUCACCCUGGCGCCCCUGACGGAUGAGGCGGCUAAUGCUGUGACCUCUGUCCCUAUGACUGACACCGCCACCACCGCCACCGCAAGCACUCCUUCCUCCUCAGCCCCCACCGGCAGUGACGGUACCAGUGCCGAGACCUCAGGCUCCGACGUUACUGCUGAGUCCAGCUCCUCGUCGAGCUCCAGUUCUUCAGCCCAGCGCGAGCCGCUCCAGCCGCAGGACUUCCGGCACCACCACGACGCGGACAUGAUGCUGUUCCUGCGCAAGUACAACACCGAGUACCCCUCCAUCACGCGCCUCUAUUCCGUCGGCAAGUCGGCGGACGGCCGCGAGCUCUACGUCAUGGAGGUCUCAGACAACCCCGGUGUUCAUGAGCCAGGUGAACCUGAGUUUAAGUACAUCGGCAACAUGCACGGCAACGAAGUGGUGGGCCGCGAACUGCUGCUCAACCUCAUUGAGUACCUGUGUCGUAACUAUGGCGUUGACCCCGAGGUCACGCAGCUCGUUGACACCACCCGCAUCCACAUCAUGCCCACUAUGAACCCUGACGGUUAUGAGAGGGGCAGGGAAGGAGACGUCCGUGGGUACCUGGGGCGGAACAACAGCCGCAACUAUGAUCUGAACCGGAACUUUCCAGACCAGUACGCUUCCGUCACAGACCCCAGGCAGCCUGAGACCAUUGCAGUGAUGAACUGGUGUAGGAGUUACCCGUUUGUCCUGUCUGCCAACCUUCACGGAGGGUCCCUGGUGGUGAAUUACCCUUAUGAUGACGAUCCUGAGGGACGCACAGAAUACAGCAAGGCACCAGACGACGAGGUUUUUAAAAUGGUUUCUCGUGCCUACUCCCAGGAGAACCCUCUCAUGCACAAAGGACACCCGUGUGAGAAACUUUACCCAGAGGAGUACUUCAAAGAUGGCAUCACCAAUGGAGCAGAGUGGUACAAUGUCCCAGGGGGCAUGCAGGACUGGAAUUACCUGAACACUAACUGCUUUGAGGUGACCAUCGAGCUGGGCUGUGUGAAGUACCCCCGGGCCAGCGAGCUGCGCAGCUACUGGGAGCAGAACCGCCGGGCCCUGCUGGAGUACAUGCACCAGGUCCACAAAGGAGUGAAAGGAAUGGUCAUUGAUCUCAAGGAUGGCACUGGAAUCCCAAAUGCCACCAUCACUGUGGAGGACAUUGACCACCCCGUGAGGACCUACCGGUCUGGGGACUACUGGAGGCUCCUGGUUCCUGGAGUCUACAACCUUACUGCCACUGCGCAAGGAUACUCCGCAGUGAGGGUCACGGUCACCGUUCCCGCCAGGGGGGCGAAAGAGGUCAACUUCCGUCUGCCACGGCUGCGGGGUGAGGGGGCGGGCCAGACGGCGAAGGGCGCUGCGGAGUCUGUGCAGGACCCCAGCGAGGAGGAGUUCCAAAGUUUCAUCAAAGGGCUGUCCAUCGGCUCGGGCCUGGACCAGCUCAUCCAGAGCACGGCCACCGAGCGCCGCCUGCGCUACAGCAACUACAAGGAGCUGUCCGAGUUCCUGCGCGGCCUCCACCUCAACUUCCCCAAGAUAGUGUCACUCCACAGUCUGGGACAGAGUUCGGAGGUCAGGACCAUCUGGGCUCUGGAGAUCUCCAACAACCCUGAUGUGCCGGAACCAUCUGAGCCCAAGAUCCGAUUUGUGGCGGGGAUCCAUGGAAACGCACCAGUGGGCACAGAGCUGCUGCUAGAGUUUGCAGCCUAUCUGUGCAUCAACUACGGCAAGAACCCGGCCAUCACCAGGCUCAUCAAUGAGACCCGUAUAGUCAUCCUGCCUUCAAUCAACCCAGAUGGGCGUGAGCAGGCCAAAGAGCGCCAGUGCAACUCCACUGCAGGCAGGACCAACGCCAAUGGCAAAGACCUGGACACUGACUUCUUCGGAAAUGCGUCCCAGCGUGUUGUGGAGGCCCAGCCAGAGACGCGUGCUGUGAUGGACCUCAUUCUGGAGAGGGGCUACUCUCUCUCAGUGGCGCUGGAUGGAGGAUCACUUCUGGCUACGUACCCCUAUGAUAAACCUGUGCAGUCAGUUGAAAAUGAAGACACACUUAAGUAUUUGGCAACGGUGUAUUCUGAGAACCAUCCCACAAUGCAUCUGGGAAACCCUGGAUGUCCCAGUGAAAGUCAGGUGGUGGUCAAUGGUGUCCUUCGGGCUGCAGAGAGGCACAGUCACAUGGGCAGCAUGAAGGAUUUCAGCGUGGACUUCGGCCAUUGCCCAGAGAUCACCGUCUACACCAGCUGCUGUAUCUUUCCCCCUGCUGACCAGCUGGCUUCGCUGUGGGCUGAGAACAGGAAGUCACUGCUCAGCAUGCUGGUGGAGGUGCAUAAAGGCGUGCGUGGGGUGGUGAGGGACAAGAGUCGGAAGCCCAUUGUGGGUGCCAUGAUCGUGCUGAAUGGCGGAGUGCGGGUCUUCACCAGUGAAGGGGGCUACUUCCACGCCCUCCUAGCCCCAGGCUCCCACAACAUCGAGGCAGUCGCUGAGGGUUACCAGCAACAACGACAAAAGGUGCUGGUGUCCUCAUUUCAAGCUGCCAGCUCAAUUAUCAUUGAGUUUGACAUGGAUAACCACAUAUUUGGUCUGCCCAGGGAGUUUGUGGUGGCAACUGCAGCUGCCUCCAUGACGGCUCUCAUUGUCACGGCCUGCAUCAUCUGGUGUGUCUGCUCAGCCAAGUCCAACCGCCAAAAGGACGGUUUCCACCGGUUACGGCAGCACCGCGACGACUACGACGACGAGAUCCACCUCACCUCCAUGGGCUCGAAGAAAUCGCUGCUGAGCCACGAGUUCCAGGAUGACAGCGAGAGCGAAGAGGACACGCUCUACGCCAACAAAAUCUAACGUGCCCCCUGGCUCCCCCUCCUCCUGUGCACCGCCCGUUGCGCUGCCCUGCUGGGGACUCUGAGAACAAUAAAAGGCCAUAAUUUCCCCCCCAUCCUGCCUUAGUCCAAUGGCCCAGACCAGGCAAUGUGGCCCUACCCUAGAAGAGACAGCAUUGGGCGGUCAUACCAUCCCCUCCUCCUGCCCCAGUGCUCACACAGAUUACCACAAUGGGUGCACCACAGUUGCCCCCGGUGUAUUCAACCAGUAGAUGUCGCUCGCAAACACAAACACAGUCAAAAAUGGAUGCAACUAUUCACCAAGCAUUUCCUUUAGCCUGUCCUCUUGUACAUCCUUAGACCCUUAGAGCUAGCCCACCCUUCCCUAGUAGGCACCAGUUGACGCAACUUCUUGUCCGUGUGAAUGAACCCUCCGAGUGAUUUCAUGAAACACAGUGCCUUGAGCGAUGGCAGUCGGGGACUACGCUGCCUUCCUGCUGCCACUGCAGCAUGAGUUGUGUGCUAAGCUAGAUGAGUUAGCGGAGUGGGAAAGAGCGCAGAAUAGAAAGCGGUCGACUCUGGUUCCCUCAGCCGAGUUUUGAUGCAGCACAGAUACGGAUUGAGUGACGAAGAGUGGAACACUAGCAGGCUUUUGAUUUUCGAGCCUCAUUUAAUAGGUGUAUCUCUCAGUCCUUUGUGAGGAAUGUUCAGCCAUGUUUAAAUUCACAAAAAAGCUGGUUUUGUAUUUAGGAACUUCAUAGUAGUGAUUUGGACAUGAAUGGCAUGAUUAAAAUGUUUCCAUAUACCACAAGUGUAGUUGAUCAGCCAAGAGGGUUUUGCUGUCCAAAUUAUACAAAAUCAUAUCCAAGUAAAGUUACGUUAAUCUGUGCAUCAGUAUUUGCACACCAAACGCACCUUGGCUAUCACAUUGUGUGGUACAUGGAAAUGAUUGUGUAAAUAUGACUUUGCCUCUGAGCAGUAGGCUCAAUGAGAAUGACUGUGAGGGCAUACAUUCAAUACCAGCAUUACAAACUAUAAACCCCCCUCGUUUCUGUCCAAAAUUACAUUCACACUUGCAAGGAUACUUGUAUCAAGCACAAGAAUUCCUGACCAAUUUUAUGCCACAGGAAUCCUCAAGCUUCACAAAUGAGAGAGAUGUGUGAUGUGUAAGUAUGGAAGAGGUGCAGACUGUGUCAGCGGUUCCAUCUGCUGACACAGACACGUAAAGACACCCUGUACAAUUCUGUCCUGAAGGUUAUGUUGCACUUUUCCCGUCCAUUGGGCAAAUGGGUGGACUGCUCAAUCAACUCCAGUCCAUUGUCCCCUGUCACCUGUCAACAUAUGAUAUGUUGUAGGCAAACCAUUGUCUACACAAAGAGAUAUGAUAUGCCUAAAAUUAUUUAUGUUUUCAAUGAUUUCAAGAUUGUGUGUAUGUGUGUGCGCCUAUGUGGAGGAACUAGGAUCUUUACACCAAGUGAUGAUGACAAAUUCAUCGAAAAUUUUUGGCCUUCUUCAUCCACUCCUAAUACCAAGAAACACUAUUCUCAACCUUCAUCUCGACAAGCCCUAAUCUAAUCAUCAAACAAAAUGACAGUACACUGUUCCAAGAGCAAAGCAGGUGAAAGUUACCGAGAUCUUGAACUAUAUGUAUCUCAGUGUAUCAGUUAUAAUUCAAUAUUUAUAAGCGGGUUGAGUAACAUGGUUGUAUACCAGUGUUCUCUUAUACAUCAUACAACACAAAAUUAACUUUCUUCUACCACUCCAAUUAGUCCGCAAUGAUGAAGUUCAGACAGCCUAAGUACAUUUCUGUAUGUUGGACUGAUGACUGUUUUUAUAUGUAACAGUUUGUAACUUGGUUCAUAUUCAGAGUUCAUAAAUGAGUGAUACAAAAUCCUGGUAAAAAAAGUUAAAGUUGUUCUGUGGGUUGAUUGAGACAGGUCAUUUUUCUUUUUCAGUGAUGGCCUAUUGCCGCUGAAAGUUUCUGUUCAAUAAAGCGUGUCAUGCUGAUUUUAGUUGGAUUGUAUAUUUUGAAAUGACUUGUAAUGGUCGUUGUAUGUGUCGGCUUUGAUGUAUAAUAUUUUUUUUAUAUCAAAAUAAUUGAUUGUAGAUAAUGACGUUGCCAAUUGUGUGUGAAUGAUAAAAACAAGUGCAAUUUAUUUUAAAAAUGAAUUUACACAAAAGAGCAUAUAAAAUCCGUCAUCUCUAUGUUGGUAUUGUGAUAAUCAAACAUGCAGGUGAAAUAAAACUGAAACUGAACCAA